CGGCGAGGGUAACCGCAAUGGCGGCGCCUCAGCGGUUUCGGGUGCUGCGGUGCUAUAGCUGCCGCCUCUUCCAGUCGCACCAGGAAAAGAAGAGUCUCAAGUGGACGUGCAAAGCUUGUGGAGAGAAGCAGUCAUUUUUGCGGAUCUGCUCAUGUGGAAGAGGAAGAGAAACCGAUGCACACACACUGGCCAUUUGAAACUAGAUUGAGCACAAUGCAGGGAAAAUGCAGGAGCCUGUAAGAAGAUGACCAGGCAGUCAGACCCACAACCGACUUACGGCGAGGGUUCCGGUGCUGACUGUAGACGCCAUGUCCAAAAAUUAAAUCUGCUGCAGGGACAGAUUUCAGAGAUGUCACUCAGGUCUCUGGAAGAACCUGUAAAUAUUGACGAAGAGGACAAUGCAGAGCCUCAGCAGGCUGAGCAUGUGAGUUCACAGUCCUCAGAGAACCGCUGGCUGAAGUAUCUGGAAGGAGACUCAGAAGAACAGGGGAUGGAAGGAGGAGGAGUGUGUUUCAAGACACAGCCCUUGUCCAGGACAGAGAAGACGGACCCUCCCUUCAACACAGGCCUGCCUAGAAAAAGGAAAUGGAUCCAGAGCACAGACCGUCCUCCACACAGCCCUGAUGUCUGGAACCCGAGUGACUCUGAGAUUCCCUUGGAGCCUCAGAAGGACCACACUGGCUUGAUGGGGAAGGUCAAAGACAAAAGCAGUCACAAGGACCAGGGCACCAGGGAGCUUUUUGUUCCUCAGGGGGAUCCUCCACAACCUGCCCACCAUGUCAGGACCAUGCCUUCCAAGUGGGAACGAUUCCUUCAGCCGCCUGGAAACAGCCAAUGUGUGGACAUGGAGCCCCCAGUUCCUUUGAAUAGAGACCCUAGGCCAGCCGAGGUGGCACUGACUGAGCAGGGGACCCUUAGGGCCCAGACCCCAAGGGAGAGGUACGUCAGCAGGCCCCAUGAUGCACCCAAGCUUCUCUGGCUCACACACACACUCACAUCCGGCUCCCAGAGCCCCUGCGUAAAGACCACCAAACAGCCAUGGGACACCAAUCCUCUGGCAAAGGGUGGGUCCUUAGCCACAGGGGCACAAGAGCCCCCACUUGUGCAACUGUGUGACCUCUUUAAAACUGGGGAGGACUUUGAGGACCACUUGUGAACUGAAACUAGAAUUUUACUAACAGACAUAUUUGUUUUAUGAGCAAAUUAGACCUCUUGGCCACUGGAAAGGGGGGGCUCCCCAAGUAGCUUUUAAAUGGUUCCCAUAAAUAGGGGUGCCUGGCUGGCUCAGUUGGAAGAGUGUGUGACUUGAACUCAUCCUGAGAUAAAGUUUCACACUGGGUGUAGAUUUUUUUUUUUUUUU